AAGCAAAUUAUAACAAUACUAAAAUCUUAAUUUAACAUAUGACUACUCCGUUGACUCUCAACAUACAUGUCGUUUUUCUGGCGAUAACGAUGGAGGUAACAAGCACUUCUAAACCAAUCCACGUAAAAAAAAUGAAUUCCAUUAAAGACCGCGAUUUUAAUAUUGUGCUGCUCGGUCAGGGAGGCGUUGGAAAAUCAGCUCUCCUUGUGCGCUUCUCAACAGGAAAAUUCAUUUACGAAUACUCUCCGACGUUAGAAUUCAAUUGUGAAAUGACAGAAGUGAUUGACGAAGAAGCUGCCGAUAUGAAGAUAUUUGAUACUGCAAAUACAAACGAACCACACGUUUACCACAAUGAGUACCAGGGUUUCCUCGUCGUCUACUCUAUCACCGAUCGCAUGAGUUUUGAGACGGCAAAGCAGCUCGUUAAACUAAUACGGGAAGUGAAGAAAAUGAAAGCACCAGGUGGUCUUACAUGCGUUGGUUUAGUUGGUAACAAAGUGGAUCUUACUCAUGACAGGAUUGUGAGUCACCAAGAAGCGAGCGAUUUCGCCAUAGAGCACGAGUGUCUGUUCCACGAAAGCUCGGCACUGAGCAACACUAACGUGAAACAGGUCUUUCACGCGGUUGUGUUGCAAAUGAGAAAAUGUCGAAAUUGUAAGAAAAAAGAUAAGAAGGGAAAGAAUUUUUUCUCAAGAUGAAGUCAGUUUUACUUAAACUAGUAAUAACACUAAAAAUUAGUGUAAAGCUUGAACGGUUGCACCCAACGUAAUGUAAAGCUUGAACGGUUGCACCCAACAAAAAUCACUUUCAAUUUCGCUCCACGUCUUUAUACUUUAUACAGAUAUGUUAUGAUCUAAUCAGUUUUAGCAAGCCUUGAAGUAAACUUAUGACUGAAGAUGUACGUUUUAGUUUUUAUAAAGGAUUUUAUAACAAGUCAA